UCAAUGGACAGGGUAAUAGUUGGUCGACUGUACCUUUGUAGCAGGCCUGCAGUCUACGGUGAGCGGCAAUGUACCUGCGCAUGUGCGAGAUACAUUUCACGCAUGAUCGGCGAACGGCUUUCGAAUCGAGCGCAACGACCCCGAAUGCAUCGAGUAUUGGCUUGGAAGGGUUUUCCUGUUGACCGGAGAAGAGAGAGAAAAAAAAAACAGACUCUUCAUACGCAGCGAGCAAUUUUACCGGCAAUCAUCCCCCUUCCAGACGCUUUGACCGAUCAUCCCAAGUUGUUUGUCGAGCACACAAACUUUGCCGCCCUGCUGUUUCAUCUCGUCUUCCCUCAGGUCCCAACCGAGAAAUCUCUCUCCUCUGUCGAGAGAGGGAGAGGAGCAGGCCAGGGUCCAUCCCGCAGGCAUGACAUUGGACGGUUCUGCCAUCCGGACUGUCCUUGCUUGCUUGCUUGCUUGCGCUGCCCGUUCCUCACCGUCCACGUUGAACGGUAUGCCAUCUGCAACGCCCGUCGCACAUGCUUCAUUCACGGGACCUGGAAACCGUUCCGGCGUAUGUAG